GCAACCUCUCCUUCGUUAUGUUUUGACAACUGAAGUCAGCAUCAAUCUGAUUUGUACUGCAUUUUGCAGAAGGCUUUGUUUUGCACGUACGCUAGCAGCUAGAAAACGAAAGAAAAAAAAAACAACAAAUUUAGUACUUUAUCACGGCUACUAGACCGACCGCGAUACGACGAACGACAAUGACACGCACGAGCUCGUUCCCGUCAACGUUUCAUAUGUCAUUUUUAAACUGAACCAAAGUGCAUGGAACGCACUCCUGCGUUGUCUUAGUAACGGCUUAUUAUCAAUUAUUCCGCUUACGGGCCACAACAAAUGUUUGAAAUCGAUUUUUUGCUACGAAGCAUAUAAAUAGCAAAUUUAACAUUUUAAAAAGGAACAAAGAAACAAACAAUGAAAAUGAGCGAAGAGCUAGCAAAGCAUGGUUUAUUUUUUGACUACUUAUAUAAUUUGCGCGUUCUUGAUCCAAAUAUAGCCAGUGAAACAUCGGAUUUAAAAGAAAAAAGUGGCGAAUAUGUAGAGAAAUUGCAGGAGUUCAGGAAGAUAAUCGACGAAUUUAUCGGCAUCGCUGAAACAAUUGUUGGUGAUGUAGAACAAGAAAAAAGCCAUGCAAUUGCUGCACAAAACUUACUCAAGUCAAUGGCAAAACAACGCGAAGCCGAACAACAAGACAUUCAGAAUGAAAUCGUAGAGCGCGCCAUGGAAUUGGAACAAUUGAAAGUUCAAUUGCAAUACCUACAGCGGAUCGAAGCAAACCAACAGGAGUUGAUCGAGAAUUUUUUCGACAAUCAGUAGAAUUCCAUACGUUUUUUAAAAAUAUUCAAUGUAUUUUGUUUUUUACUUUUUCUCUUGGUUGAAAAUAAAUGAUGAAUUAUUUUA